UCAGGAUUGCUCUGUCACGGAUGGACUUCUACUGACAACAAACAAUUGGUUGCCAAGGUUUCCUGCUUUCGUAGGAGUUACAAACCUUCUACUUUCAUCACUUUAUUGUCACCAAGACAGACGUGAUGUACAAAAAUAGUAAAAAUCCACUUUACUCAAGACCUGAUCGAAAAAGGGGCAUUGGUGAUAGGGUGAUACGGUUCAAGUGUGGACUUCAGAAUACUAUUUAUGAUGUGCUUAAGGCCAAAGGAUGGCAAGAAGUUCGAGAUGAAGGUGAUUGGGAUUUUUUUUGGGCAGAUGUGGGAUGGAUGAGAGAAUAUUUUGACCAUUGCUAUCUAGAAGAACAUGUCAAAAUAAAUCAUUUUAGGAAUCACUAUGAGCUCACAAGAAAAAACUUGAUGGUGAAGAACUUGAAAAGAUUUCGAAAGCAGCUGGAGAGAGAAAGUGGGAAGCUGGAAGCAUCAAAGUGUGAUUUUUUUCCAACUUCCUUUGAGCUUCCUUCUGAAUAUCACAUAUUUGUUGAGGAAUUCAAGAGGAACCCGGGCACCAUAUGGAUUAUGAAACCCGUCGCAAAAUCUCAAGGCAAAGGCAUUUUUCUUUUCAGGAAACUUAAAGAUAUAACUGAUUGGAAAAAGGUAGUAAAGAAUGAUACGUACACAAGACGAGAUGACAAGCAAGAGGAGAAAGAAGCCCCCGAAACGUACAUCGUACAGCGAUAUUUAGACAGGCCUUAUCUAAUUGGUGGAAAGAAGUUUGAUAUCCGAGUUUACGUCAUGGUUACUUCUUAUAUCCCAUUGAAGGCUUGGAUUUAUAGAAGUGGAUUCGCCAGGUUUUCGAAUUCUAGAUUCUCGCUAGAUUCUAUCGACGAUACCUACAUACACUUAACGAAUGUCGCUGUCCAGAAAACUGCCCCAGAUUACGAUCCCGAAAAAGGCUGCAAAUGGUCCAUGCAACAACUGCGACAGUAUCUGAUAGCAAAGCAUGGAAUAGAAAAUGUGGAGAAUUUAUUCCGAUUAAUGGAUGAUAUAUUCAUCAAGAGCCUUCAGAGCGUACAGAAAAUAAUGAUCAAUGAUAAACACUGCUUUGAACUGUAUGGGUACGAUAUACUAAUAGAUCAAGAUAUCAAACCAUGGCUAAUAGAAGUGAAUGCAUCGCCAUCUCUCACUGCCAGUAAUGAGCAAGAUUAUAAUCUGAAGCUUGGACUGUUAGAGGAUGUGAUCCAUGUCUUAGAUUUGGAAAACAAAUUGACUGGUAAAGAGAAGAGAGUAGGUGGGUUUGAUUUAAUGUGGAAUGAUGGACCAGUGGUUGCAGAUGAAGGCGGAGUAGAUUGUAUAAGUACACCUACGUAUUCUACAAACACAUUCCUAGGUUGUCAUAACGACAGAAAAAAACAGCUGUAUACUCAAUUAAAACAAGUGCAAGCAACUAAAAAACCAUGAGAUGACAAGACUACAUGUGAUAUAACCACUAGUGAUGUAACUUGGACCUAUUGUCGACUUGAUAGUCACCUUACCCCUCCAUCUUACAACCUUACCGUCCUGUGCUGUAUUAUCCCCAUCCAGUAUGAAAAGCUGUGGAUUUGUUAUGACAUGUGCAAUAUGCAGGCAUGUGGUGGAACCACAAAGUUUUUAAAAAUUGUUCUAUAAAAAAUAACAGAAUGAAAAGCCAGUAGAUUUAUUUCCACAGCACGUUGUGGUUUUCAUUUCACCACAUAAAAUUAGUUACAGUAAUUCUUUAUCAUGGACCUAAAGAGUAUUUACUUAAUUUAAAUCUACACUGUGAAAUUUGGGAUUGCAAUGUCUCUAAAAAUGGGAAUAGUAAUAGACUUGCUUAGAUAUCAAGCCAACUCAUUAAACUGUGAUAUACAAUCUCUAUUUCACUACUAUUUGUUGUAGUUACAGACUAUAUGAAUAGUUACAUGGCAGUUGUAUGCUUCAAAAUUCAUCAGAAAGCAGUGUAUAUUUGGUAUUUCAAUCAUUUUAAAUAAAUUUAUCCAGCCCGAAUACAUGCCCCUUAUAUAGUCUGUUAUGUGGUAGUUUGUUGGCCUAGAACUGACAUAUGAUAAUUUGCCAUAUAUUAUUAUUAUUUAUAUUUUGUGUUUAUGUAUUACUCAACUCUGAAAACUAUCCAUCCAAUGAGAAGCUCUUUUCAAGAAGUCCAAAAAAUGUGUGUUGUUCAGUUUUAGAAAUGUUGACAUAAUCCUUUUACUCCUCAGCGUUAGCAGCAUGGGAAACAAUAUUUCAAUAAAAGUGCAAGGAUCACAGUGCAUAUGAUGGCCCUAUCUCAUGCUUUAGUCCAUCUAUCAAGAACUAUGUUUUAUACUAACAGAUGCAUUACAUUUUGUGACUCGUACGCCACUGAAAUAUGUCCAUAUGUGCAUUCCUUUUAUUGCAAGGAGUUACACAUGCAUCUACUUUUUUCACUGUAUACAGUAAUGAUUUUUAAGCAAUUUGUUGUUAUUUAUUUAUUUUCAGUAAUGUUAUACUACAAAGUUUGUGUAAAUGUAUCCAA